AAUGAUAUUCUAUGUUUUUUAGUCAAUAUAUAAAUUUACAACCUGCAACUUACGAUUGGUGAUGCUCUAUUCUACCGUUUUCGACAAUUUCGAUAUAUUGCAAUUUCUCGAUUCAUAUUUGUGCGCCAUGUUUGAUGUAGUGAAGUUUCAACUUCCGAUUUUUAUUUGCAAAUGCCAUAUAAGGUAAUAUUUACAUCAAUGGAUAAGUACGGAGGAGAAAGCCAUUUCGUCGGCAUUAAAAAGGAUUAGAUUUAAUAUCAAGUUAAAAAACGAACAGCAGAAUGUUAAAAACAUUAUGAUUUUCCUUUCUUUGUCGGAGUGACUCGAGUAACUACAUUUUCGCGCUGAUUGUCAAUGUUUAAGUUUUUCAGUAGAUCCACCUACGAGAUCUCGCGAUAACAAGCAUGGUGGAGCAGACGAAGAAUUUUGCAUGCUUUCCUCGAGGAUGAAGUCUUAGAAUAUUUCAAUCAGUGGCUCAUUUCUGUGAGGUCCCGACCAGGCUAUAAGAAGACGGAGCAGAACAAAAUGUUCAUUUCGUAUCAAACUCAUGAGGGCAUUAUCAUGACAGUGAAAUCCUUCAUUGAGGCAACAAGAUACCUGCUUCAACAGGGGGUGCCAUAUGUUUUGAGCAAUGUCUUCUGUCAGGACCCACUUGAAGAGCACUUUGGUCGCCACAGAGGAUUGGGUACUCGUCAUGACAACCCAACAAUUCACCAGUUCGGUUACCAAGAAAACCAACUUCGAAUUCAGAGGAGCUUAGCCUUCAACUUUGUGCCCAAAGGAAACACUGCAGGAAGGGCAGGAGAAAAAAGACCCAUUGUCAUAACAAACAGUCCCUUAAAACGCUUAAAACAUAACUAAAAGAAGCUUACUUAAAGUAGGGGUCUAGUAGCGUGACGUCAUGUCCGGAUCGAACUCCAGUAUUGGUUCACGUACUAUUAUUAUUGGGUGGAUUUAUACUGUUUUUACAUUUACCUGGAUGUUUUUUAAUUUAGUAAAAUGAAUACAAUAACACUCCAUCACUUAUAUUUAAGUAGACUAUGGAUCCAAUCUUCUUUCCAUUUUUUGUCAUCUAAUUCACACAUAAAACCAGAGGUACAUAUUUGUUUAAUUGAUAUACAGGCCGGGGUAUUACAUGUUAAAAUUAUCUGUAAAUUAAAAAAAAUUCAUGAUAUGCAAUCAUGCACUUGUGGAAUUAAAUAAAACAAUUCUGCAUUUGUUA